AGUUCCUUGUCUUUGACUAGAGACCAACGCGCGGAAGGGCGGACGAUAGCAGCACCCACUGCUGUUAUUAGCCUUCACAUCUCAAUGUACUGUUGUCAAAGAAAGCACUGAUCAUGCCCACUGCUUUUGCAGGGCAAAGAUAUUGAUCAGUGUUAGAAUACUACAUUUUUUCUUAUGAGAUWAUUUUUCAUAGAUUUUUAUUUGUAGGUAGAUAUUUUUCCACCAUGGUGCUAGGAAAGGUAAAGAGCUUCACCGUAACCUACGACUGUCUCAAUGACAGCAAUGUCCCCGUUUUCGCAAGCGGGGACUCCGUCUCAGGUAGGGUUAUCAUCGAAGUCACCGGAGAAAUCCGUGUGAAAUCUCUUAAAAUUCAAGCAAAGGGAUUUGCAAAAGUUCGUUGGACUGAAUCCCGAAAUGCUGGAUCUAACACUGCCUAUACGCAAAAUUACACAGAAGAAGUGGAAUAUCUAAACCAUAGAGACAUCCUAAUUGGACAUGAAAGAGAUGAGGACAACUCAGAAGAAGGACUCACCACUAUCCAUUCAGGAAGACACGAGUAUGCAUUCAGCCUUGAGCUUCCACAGACACCUCUGGCUACCUCGUUGGAAGGGAAGCACGGCAGCGUGCGUUACUGGGUGAAGGCCGAGCUACACAGGCCAUGGUUUCUGCCCAUGAAGACCAAGAAAGAAUUCACAGUGUUUGAACACAUCGACAUAAACACUCCUUUACUCCUGUCACCCCAGGCAGGUACGAAAGACAAGACUUUAUGCUGCUGGUUCUGCACCUCAGGUCCAAUCUCCUUAAGUGCCAAAAUCGAAAGGAAGGGAUAUACCCCAGGAGAGUCGAUUCAGAUCUUUGCCGAGAUCGAGAAUUGUUCCUCUCGCAUGGUCGUGCCAAAGGCAGCCAUUUACCAAACACAGACCUUCAAAGCCAAAGGUAAACUGAAGGAGGUCAAACAGCUGGUGGCCAACCUCCGAGGGGAGUCGCUGUCCUCAGGCAAGACGGAGACGUGGAGUGGCAAAAUGCUGAAGAUCCCCCCUGUCUCUCCCUCCAUCUUGAACUGCAGCAUCAUCCGAGUGGAGUAUUCUCUCAUGGUGUACGUGGACAUCCCCGGAGCCAUGAACCUGUCUCUGAACCUGCCACUGAUCAUCGGCACCAUCCCGCUGCACCCCGUCGGCAGCCGCACCUCCAGUGUCAGCAGCCAGUGCAGCAUGACCAUGAGCUGGCUAGGCAUGGCCCUGCCAGAGCGUCCUGAAGCCCCACCAAGCUAUGCCGAGAUCAUGACAGAGGAGCAGAGACGGAGCCUGGAGGUGACCUCAGCCAGGGAUGAGUUGGAGGGAUCACUCUUUGCCUACAUCCAGGAGUUCCGCUUCCAGCCCCCUCCUCUCUACUCUGAGGUUGAUCCCAAUCCUGAUCAAGCCAGCCGGACAGAGGAGAGGAGGUCUGACACCUGUCCAUCACGCUGAAGGAAGCUCAGAGCCCCGCCCGGAGAUGUUUCGGGCGUUUCUAGUCAGCUCUGUUUUUGUUUUUCCCCCCCCAGCGACAGCGUUCGCACGCCACCGUCGAUGUUGAGAGAAAACAAAACAAAGAAACAAACAUGGACGAUACCACGGUUGAACGAAGCCCCUCCCACAGAGAGAGGCACAGGAAGUCAAUACGGGAACACUUCCUGGCAGCCUGCCUGGCCGGGGCACGGCUAGACAAACACACACCUGACCUGUGAAAAAAGAAACCCCUGUAGUGGAGACAGCCUUGGUGGAGUGAUGAUGCCGUGCCAGGUCCCUGUCUGCCUAUAGCUCUUAAUAUCCUGCUUUCUUCUGUAACCACGGCAUACAGACAUGGCUCUCACACAGAGCAGAACUGUCAUGACGAGAUCUGAGCAGAAGAAGAAACAGGAAGAAGAGAAAA